AUGAAUAUGUCAACAAAAUCUCCUCGAGCUCAGAUUGAACAAAAAAAAAGAGAAGUAAUUCGUCAACUCAAAGAAGGAACUUUAACCACAACAAAAGAGCCACCAACUGGUUCUUCUGGUGAAUUUUGGUCAAAUUUAUUAAGAAUAAAGAAUUCAGAUAACGUUUAUGAACCAUUUGUACAAUGUACGGUUUGUACUCAGUUAUUAUCAUAUGAAGUAAAAAAUGGAACCAAUUCUUUAAAUUUACACGUACAAGGCUGUACGAAGAAAACAACAACAUAUCGAUCAACAUCAUCGAUUGAUAAAUAUUUAACAAAGGACAUUAGUAUUUCACAAGAUGAUAAAAGAUCAAUCACCAUUUCUUGCGCAAAAUAUUGCGCUUUCGAUAUUCGUUCGUUCAACAGUGUUCAUGGAGAUGGAUUUCAACAAUUAUGCCAAGCAUUAAUUGAUACUGGUUAUAAAUUUGGUUUGAACAAAUGUAGCAAACCAUCUGUCAAGAACUUACUUCCUGAUAGAACAAAUGUUUCUAGGACUAUUAAACAACUUGCAGAAGAAUAUCGAUUGAAAUUAAAGGAUAUUUUACGUGAAGAUUUGCAACAUGUGCGACUUAUUGGUUUAUCAACUGACUAUUGGAAAAACACCUACACAACUGACAACUAUUUGACGAUCAACAUACAUUACACAAAGAAUGAUCAUCCAGUUACAUUUAUGUUAGAAACUCGUUUAUUUGUAGGUGCAAAAACCGGUGAAAGUACAGUACGAGUUAUUAAAGCAGUAUUAAAUGCAUAUGGUAUUAAUCCUGAAGAGACUCAUAUAAUUUAUCUGACGGAUAAUGGGUCAAACUUUAUCUCUGGUCUUCAGUCAGAAGUUCAUCUUCGAUGUGUGUGUCAUUGUUUAAAUCUAGUUGUAAAGCAUUCACUUGAAGAAUGUCCUAAGAUAAAUGCAUUGAUCAAAGCUUCUGGUGAAUUAGUCACGCAUUUUAAACGUUGUGAAUUAAAUUGCAUGUUAACAACUACUUUGAAGCAACAAUGUGAUACUAGAUGGAAUACUGUAUAUGAUAUGUUGUAUUCUAUUGAAAAGAAUUUCAAAGAAAUAGAAUCUAUUCUCGUAGAAAGAAAAGAAUAUGGAGAUUAUAUAGAUCAAAUUGAUUAUGCAUUACUAAAAGGUAUUGGUGAUAUUUUAUUAACUUUCAAGAAAGCAAGUGAACAGUUGUCAUCUGAUCAAGAACCAACAUUACACUUAGUAUUACCAUGGACAACUAAAUUGAAAAAUGUUUGUGAAACUAAAAGUGCAGAUAAUGCAGUAAUCAAACAGUUAAAAAAAAAUAUUUUAACUCAUAUUGAACAAAGUAUGUGGUUAACACAAUUACACGAUAUUGCGACUUUUUUGCAUCCUGUCAGCAAAAAUCUUUUAUCAUACAGUCAAAAAGAACGUGAAGAAGUACAUAAAGCUACACGAACAAUGUUGAAAACGAUCAAAGCAGCUGAACCUAAUAAACAACAUAAAGAUGUUUAUGUCGUAGAUAAUGUUAGUACACCUGGAAAAACACCAAAACGAAUGAAAAAAAGUGAAUCAUGUCAAGAAGAUGUUCUCCAUGACUUUGCUCAAAACAAUGAGUCCGAAUCUGACGCGGAAGAGGAUAUUGAUGAAGUUGAACGAUAUAUCAAAGCCAAGGUUGUAUAUAUGCAUAAUGAAUCAUUAUUAGCAUGGUGGAAAAAAUGGUCGAUAAAUUACCCGCAACUUAGUCUAUUGGCGCGAUCAUUAUUAGGUGUACCAGCUAGUAGUGCAACUAGUGAACGAGUUUUCAGUACUAGUGGUCGAAUAUUAGAAGAAAGAAGACAAAAUUUAAAUGAAGAUGCUGUGAACGAUAUUUUGUUAUUAAGAAAUUUCAGAAAAUGCAUUGAAUAG